CGGGCCGGGUGAGGCUUGCCGGGAAAUGUAGUGUCUGCAGCUUCGACCGCGCCGCCCCGCCGCUUGCCGGCCCGUCGCCGCCCGCGACUACAGGUCCCAUCAGGCCCCGCGAGGCCUUAAUCGCCGAGCUGUUGCAGGGAAGGGAGUGGGGCGAAUAUGGCUGAAGGCCGUCCGGGCGGCCCAACGUGCAGCGGGGUGUACGGCAGGCAGGACCUUGUCCCCAGCACUGGCGGCUGCAACUUUCCAGAAUACGAGCUUCCCGAGCUGAACACGCGCGCUUUCCAUGUGGGCGGCUUUGGGGAACUGUGGCGUGGCCGGCUUCGCGGGGCCGGGGACUUGUCGCUGAGGGAGCCGCCGACAUCCGCGCUGCCCGGGCGUGGGGAGGUCGCUGACUCGGAUCGUGAGGAUGCCUCGGUGGCCCGGGAUCUGGGUUGCAGCCUGGAGGCUGCGGCCGAGCUGAGGGCUGUGUGCGGCCUUGAUAAACUGAAAUGUUUUGAGGAAGGCGAGGAUCCAGAAGUCAUCCCGGAGGAUACUGACCUGGUGACUUUGGGGGUUAGAAAGAAGUUCUUGGAACAUCGGGAAGAAACCAUCACAAUAGAUCGUGUCUGCAGACAAGAAACAUUUGCUUAUGAGAUGGAGUCACAUGCCAUAGGAAAAAAGCCUGAAAAUCCAGCAGACAUGAUUGAAGAAGGGGAGCUUAUCCUAUCUGUGAAUAUCUUGUAUCCUGUUAUAUUUCAUAAGCACAAAGAACACAAACCAUACCAGACAGUGCUGGUAUUGGGCAGUCAAAAGCUCACAGAACUGAGGGAUUCAAUUCGCUGUGUCAGUGACCUGCAGAUUGGUGGAGAAUUCAGCAACACUCCUGACCAAGCUCCUGAGCACAUCAGCAAAGACCUAUAUAAAUCAGCCUUCUUUUAUUUUGAAGGAACAUUUUACAAUGAUAAAAGAUACCCGGAAUGUAGAGAUUUGAGCAGAACUAUCAUUGAGUGGUCAGAGUCCCAUGAUAGAGGCUAUGGAAAGUUUCAGACUGCUAGAAUGGAAGAUUUCACCUUCAAUGACUUGUAUAUUAAACUAGGCUUUCCUUACUUAUACUGUCACCAGGGAGACUGCGAACAUGUUGUCGUCAUUACUGACAUAAGGCUUGUGCAUCAUGAUGACUGCUUGGAUAGGACACUUUAUCCCCUUCUUAUCAAGAAGCACUGGUUGUGGACCAGAAAAUGCUUUGUUUGUAAAAUGUACACAGCUAGAUGGGUGACCAACAAUGACAGUUUUGCACCAGAGGACCCAUGUUUCUUUUGUGAUGUUUGCUUCCGAAUGCUCCACUAUGAUUCAGAAGGCAACAAAUUGGGAGAAUUCCUUGCUUAUCCUUAUGUUGAUCCUGGAACCUUUAAUUAAGAAUAGCCACAUACACACAUACAGAAAAGUACACCCUUCUGAAAUAACUGUUCUCUUGGAUGUUUAUUUCCAAGAAAUGCUACUGAGGACCACAAUCCACUUGGAACAAUCAGCUAAAGCUACCAAAAAAAGUUCGAAUCACAGAUUUUGCUAUAAAGCAACUUGAUUGUAUUUAAAUGUUUAGAAAUAUAUUUAAUUUAGUACUUCUUCCAAAGUAUGUUUUUCAUUUAGCACUGCUUUUUACCCA